UUUUCUGGCUGGGAAAUCAUGACUGUGUGCGGGUUUCAUCUGCUGGUUGCCUUAGACUAGGAGUGGGUCUCUUUGAAAAGAACUCUGGAGAGGUUUCCUGCCACACCUCUGGAUGAGGGUGUGUCACCAUGGAGACAAGGCCGCUGCCAUUGGCUGGAGCCUGGGGCUGAGGAUAUAAAGGCCGGCCCAGCGAAUAGUGCACUAACAGUCUUGACCUGACUCAGACAGUGUCGCCGUGGAGCGGAAAGGGCAGGAUUUCGGCGUGGCCGUCGGUGACUCCAUGGAGAACGAGUUCACAUACGAAGAUUAUGAGACCACUGCCAAGUGGCUUCUGCAACACACUGAAUAUCGACCUCAAGUGGCAGUGAUCUGUGGUUCCGGCUUAGGAGGGCUGACUGCUCACUUAAAGGAGGCUCAGAUCUUUGACUACAAUGAGAUACCCAACUUUCCCCAAAGCACAGUGCAAGGUCACGCAGGCCGACUGGUGUUUGGAUUGCUGAAUGGCAGAUGCUGUGUGAUGAUGCAAGGCCGGUUCCAUAUGUAUGAAGGAUACUCACUGUCAAAGGUGACAUUCCCAGUGAGAGUUUUCCAUCUUCUGGGUGUGGAAACUUUGGUGGUCACCAAUGCUGCUGGAGGACUCAACCCCAAUUUUGAAGUUGGAGAUAUUAUGCUGAUCCGUGAUCACAUCAACCUACCUGGUUUCUGUGGCCAGAACCCUCUCCGGGGCCCCAACGAUGAAAGGUUUGGAGUUCGUUUUCCUGCCAUGUCUGAUGCUUAUGACCGGGAUAUGAGGCAGAAGGCUUUCAGUGCCUGGAAACAAAUGGGGGAGCAACGAAAGCUACAAGAAGGCACCUACGUGAUGUUGGCAGGCCCCAACUUUGAGACUGUGGCAGAGAGUCGUCUGCUAAAGAUGCUGGGGGCAGAUGCUGUUGGCAUGAGCACAGUCCCAGAAGUUAUCGUCGCAAGGCACUGUGGGCUCCGUGUCUUUGGUUUCUCACUCAUUACGAACAAGGUUGUCAUGGAUUAUGAGAACUUGGAGAAGGCCAAUCACAUGGAAGUUCUGGAUGCCGGGAAAGCAGCUGCACAGACAUUGGAAAGGUUUGUCUCCAUUCUUAUGGAGAGCAUUCCACUCCCGGAUCGUGGCAGCUGACCUGCAAUGGAGUGCUCCGCUGCUCCCCUGGUGGGGUCCAAGUAGCUCUCUACUCUGUUUCCUUGAUGAAGUCACUAGUCUCUGUUCUUAGAUCCUAGCAGAAAGGAAAGAGGAGCUUACCCUUCACUUUCCAGAUGUUGUUCUACUGUUCUAAUGCCCAGUCUUCUUGCUUAGUUGCCUUCUCAAAUUAACUUUCAUUCCUCUGGAAGAGCUGGAGCCCAUUCCUCCCACACUUGAGAUAUAUGCCUUCAAACAGUACCUUCUACAUCUUGGAGAUGACAGACAUGUUCUGGGCUCAGUCUAAAGCCCUAAGGACCAAAGAUCAACCCAAUACCUCUUGGAUUUUAUUUAGUAUCACAAUGUUUUGAGAAUAAAGAGAUCGAGUACUUUUCUUUUGUGUGUGGUUCGGUAUGAAGCUGGGGCAUCGGCCAAAAACGACUUGAAAAGCUUUGGGGACCACAUGUUCCAAAAGCAGCUAAGAAUGGAGAUGAGUUGGUGCGUGAGUAGCAAGGGAUGAAGGGGAAAAAAUGGUGUGUGUGUGGAGGGGAUGCGACUACUUCUUUCAGACUUGUUCCUAGCCUUCAUUUCCCACGUUCUCCAUUUACUCCAUUGCUUGAGUAUCUGCAUCUCACAGAUCUCACUUCUCCAGCACUGCCUUUUUUUUUUUUUUUUUUUUCGCAUUGUUUUUUUUUCUCUGCUCUAAUUUCUGAGUCAUGCUCUUUCCAGAUCUAUAUUGACAGUGCAGCAGCAGAUACACUUUUGUCUGCCGCCAUUUGUCAUGGUGAUGGCUACAUUCAUUCCAACUCCAACCAAGCCUGUAAAGUUGGUUCACACUCCUUCUCUGCUUAAACACCAUGGAAUGGCUAUUCUUGGUUAUCAACUUGACUAUGAUUGGAAUUAAAAAAAAAAACAAACAACUCAAAUAGAGGGCAUAACUGAGGGACUUUUGCUUCAUUUGAAAUGGAAAGAUCUACUUUUAAUCUGAAUCUUUGAGGUAGGAAGACACAUCUUUAAUCUCAAUCUUGAGUUGGGAAUAUUCACCUUCGAUCCAGCUCUAAUCUGGCCUGUGCCUGCUGAUGGGAGGCUAUAUAAGGAAGAACAUGGAGGAAGGAAACUGCUCUUCAUGUGCUUACUCUUGUGCUUGUGCUGCUAGCAAGUCCAUCCCUUCACUGGCAUCACAGCCUGCUUCAGGAUUCUAGCAUAUACUGCACAACGUCCAAUGGAGACAGCCAACCUCAGGAACCCAAAGUUCAAAUCAUUUAGAAGUGAAAAUACACCCUAGAGACGACAUGAAAAUUAUGAGGGUAGUGACUUCUGUACAAUAUCUGCCUUCCAGCCUCAUCCAGUAAUAAGCCAUGCCAACAUCCUGUGCUAAGGUGAGAGAUAAACACUUGAACAAGACUGCAGCUAGUCAAGCAACGUACUCAAGUGUGCGUCACCCACUUACAGCAUAGGUACAUCAGCAAGAUUUGCCCCAGCUAGUCUGUUAUGGAAGAUAAGCUUUGCCAUCUUGUCUGUCUCCAGAAUGAUUCCAUGGCUACGAUAUUUCCAAACUCUUGCUGGGACCCAACAUUUAAGGGGGAAAUGUGGGUGAGAGGAAAGUGGAGUACUCUCAGCUAACACACAGUCUUUUUUUUUUUUAUAUACCAAUCCCACAUUGUGAUGUUCAGUUUUCACUCCAACUGAACUUUUGCAUAAAUUCAUAACAUUUUCUUGUUUCUGUUUUCCAGCACUUUACAUAUUUGAGUGUUUAAGGAGCUGGGAAUAGAUCAGUCAGUAAAGUGCCUACCU